CCAUCUUGCCUUUUAGCUUCCCCUCUGAGAACCCUAGAUCCCUUUGCUUAUCAUCUCUUUGUUCUCUCGCUUCGAAUCAAUUUUCUCAAUCCCAAUCCCAAAUUCAGCACGAGCCAUGGAUGACAGCUGUGCCGUCUGCGCCGAUAAUCUCGAAUGGGUUGCCUACGGAUCUUGUGGUCACCGAGAAGUUUGCUCCACAUGCGUCGUUCGUCUCCGUUUUGUCCUCGGCGAUCCUCGCUGCUGUAUCUGCAAAACUGAGUCUCCUUUCAUCUUCGUCACCAAGGCAUUGGGUGAUUAUACUCGGACGAUCAAUGACUUCUCGACCUUCCCAUCAGCACCAAAGGAAGGUCGUGUAGGAGGAGGGUUCUGGUAUCAUGAAGACACUCAGGCUUUCUUUGAUGACUUGGAUCAUUACAGGAUGAUCAAAGCAAUGUGUAGACUCUCGUGCAGUGUUUGUGACAAGACGGAUGAUCAACCAAAAGAAGGAGGACCAGGGCCAAGGCAUCGUUUGCGGAUUAAGAGUGUUGAACAGUUGAAGGGUCAUCUAUAUCAUAAGCACAAAUUGCAUAUGUGCGGUUUAUGUCUCGAAGGGCGUAAGAUUUUCAUAUGUGAACAAAAGCUGUAUACUAGAGCACAACUUAACCAACACAUACACACUGGUGACUCUGAAGUUGAUGGAAGUGAGAGUGAAAGGGGAGGCUUCGCUGGACAUCCUAUGUGUGAAUUCUGUAGGAAUCCAUUCUACGGUGAUAAUGAAUUAUAUGCUCACAUGUCUACAGAGCAUUACACCUGUCAUAUUUGCCCAAGGCCGCAGCCAGGACAAUAUGAAUAUUACAAAAACUAUGAUGACCUGGAGCUUCACUUUCGCCGUGACCAUUUCCUUUGUGAAGACGAAUCUUGCCUUGCAAAGAAGUUCAUAGUUUUCCAAAAUGAAUCAGAGUUGAAAAGGCAUAAUGCUAUUGAGCAUGGGGGUAAAAUGUCUCGGGCUCAGCGAAGUGCUGCAUUGCAGAUACCAACGAGUUUCCGAUACCGACGAAAUGACCAAGAGAAUCGACGUGGAAGAGCUCGAUCAUUUCGUCGUGAGCCUGGUGAUGACGAUUAUAAUCUUGCAGUUCAUGCUGCACUUCGUUUAUCCGAGUCUGAGUAUUCUCGACAAGAGCCUGCACCUCCGCCCACAAGUGCACCACCUGGAUUCUCUGAGAUCAACAACAGGCACAUUGAUGAUGGUGAUCCUCUUAUUCAACCAAUGGAAUCUCUAUCAACUACCGAUAUGGAACCACCUUCGCGGUAUCUUCAAGCUGUGGGCAGCUCUGGUGGUGUUGUUACACGACUUGGAGAAUCUGCUUUUCCUCCUCUCGCUGGUCAACCGAGAUCUGGACAGAACUUGGAGAGUGUUCCUACUAACACCUUGGCUGCUCGUCUUAGACGUCAAACAAAUCGAACUCCUACCGCUACUGCUACUGCCGUUGCGAGUCCUUCUCAAGCAUGGCCAGCGGUUAACCGAGGCCCAGCACAAGCAUCUAAUAUAAGUGGUCGUGGCAACUCUUCUUCGGGAUGGCCAGCAAUAGGUCGCACACCUGCACAGGCCUCUAGUUCGUCAGCCCAAUCGAGGUCCCAUGCAAGAGUUUCACAGCCUAGACCUCCAAAUUCUGCGGUUCCACAGGCUGCUCGUAAUGCAAAUAGGAUUCCUCACUCAUCCUCAGCCCCUAAUCUAUCUGAUUCAAGAUCACUUCUGCCUUCUCAUUCGGAUUUUCCUCCAGUUUCUUCUGCUGUUGUGCAAAAUCACAAGUCAUCAUCCACCAGUACACAGGGAUCUUCGAACUCCCAACCGCCUCCAGAUGUACAGUCUGCAAACAAAUCAUUGAUUGAGAAAAUGCGAUCUGCACUUGGUCAUGAUGAAGAACUAUUCAUGACCUUCAAAGAUGUAUCAGGGCAGUAUCGUCAAGGUUUGAUUGAUGCAAGAACUUACUUGGAGUAUGUUAAAGGUUAUGGAUUGUCUCACUUAGUUAUCGAUCUUGCUAGACUCUGCCCUGACCCUAAAAGGCAGAAGGAGCUCAUUGAUACCCACAAUGCCAGUUCAAGUAAAGAUGAUACAAAGGCGAAUGGUCAGGCUGCUGCGCAGAGCUCGUCUCAAGCUAAAGAGAGUCAAGGUUCAAAGAAAAACAAAGGGAAAGCUGUGAAGAUUGCCGAUCCAAAAGAAGCAUUAGCAGAUAACUUUAUGGAUACGGUGAGGAGGUUGCAAUCCUCACAGAAUCCUCAGGCAGAAGAAGAAGACGCUAUAUCGAAAGAUAAGAAUACCUACCGGUCAGACAAAGGCAAAUCACAAGUAACAGUGAUAGACUCUUAUUCGACUGGAAGCAGCAAGCAACAACGUAAGAAAACAUCUAAGUUUCACAGACUACGACUUGGUGAUGGAUCAAUGGCUGCGUUGCUAGAUCUUAACAACUCUAACCAUGAGCCUGAACCGGAAUCAACGGUUGACAACCAAACGAGUGGUUUAGCGGUACGUGGUGUUUGGCGUAAAGGAGGCGCCAAACUUUUCUCCUAAAUAAGUAAUUCUCUCUAUCUUCUCAAGGUGCACGAUGAAGAUGACAAUCCUGGAAAAAGCUCAUCUGCCGCUUAUUUUUAUGUCAGGAGUGUGAAGGUGGGCAUUUUUGAGGAAUUUUUUUUUCGUAAUGAAAAGUCGGGUUAUGUUCUUUUGGUGUUAUUUUUUCUUAAUCUUUUUUUCAGUGUUUUUUGUACUUCAAUUGCUCUUUUUCUUGGAGGGAUUUAAAAAUGAAUCGAAACUGUAAUAAUGAAAAGAAAUCCUUUUAUUUUAGAUUAA